GCUAGCCGGCCCCACUAUUCUCGACCUUCUAGAACUUUUCUUGCAAGCGGUCCAUCAAUCUUUUAAGGUACUACCUACCUACCUACCUUAAUUUUCAUUCUUCCACAAAGGCGUCUGAGACCUGGAAGACCUCAUUAGGGCACGAUCGCCUGCCACAGACGAUCUCGUCAGUAUGCAUUCCGAUAGCACCUCAACUUUUGUUGCCCGAGACAUUCAGUCAGGCUCCGACGUCCCUCAUAUCAAGGUGGAGUCUGAUGCAGGUUCGGAUGGCACCUCGACCAUUGUUAGCGACACUCGGUCAAGCCCAGACGUCACUCGUGCACUAGAAGCUGCCCUUGGUGGAGAGGAUGAGCACCCAGAGUGGGAGGUGGACUCGUCGCCAUACGAGUCAUCAUCGGAAUCCUCCAGUUCGGACAGCUCGUCGUCCGACGAAGACGACAACUCGGUCGCCCAGCCGCGGAGCCGGGGCUCUGGUGUCCCAGCUAACCCCUCAAAUGGUGGCAUUGGCAAUCGAUCUCGCCAUGUGGCCGAAGACGCAGCCCCUCCGAAGCCCAAUGUCGAGAUCAAGGACGACAUGAAGAUUGUACGAUUCGGGACAAUCAAGCAUAUCGUCGAAAAGACUGUCGUCAUCGAACCAAGCAGCUCGGCCAAGUCACAAGUCCUCGAUUCGGGCUCUGUCCUCUGCAAGGAGGACAGGAGCGUCAUCGGCGCCCUGGCAGAUGUCAUUGGUAGUGUUGCGAACCCACAUUAUCUCGUCAUGUUUGGAACCACGGACGAGAUCAAGGAACUGGGCUUGGAGCCGGGAACUCCAAUCUUCUUUUCCCAAGAGCACGCCAUCUUCGUCAUGACGGAGAUGAUCCGCAAGAUGAAGUUUACGGAUGCCAGCAAUAUCCACGACGAGGAAAUUGCGCCGGAGGACGACCAGGAUUUCUCGGACGACGACAAAGAGGCACAGGCCAAAAAGAUGCGAAAGCAUGAGAGGGAAUCAAAGCGCGAACAGAAGGGUGGCCUUAAGAAGCGCGGAGGAGGAACUAGGGGUGGUGGUCGGGGUGGUCGGGGCGGCCAUCGGGAGAUGCGGGACCUCGAUGCCCCCGAUGACGGACCCUAUCAGCGACUGGUCAGACCUUCCAACUUUGGCCAGGGUUCGCCAGCCUUGCUGCCGCCGAGGCCCGUCUCGUCGGGCUUUCCCGACUCGUACGACGUCGAUCAAGGAGCUACCCGCGGCCAGGAGCGGCAUUUCGCCCGCGGCCGAGGCCGCCAAUACGACGACCACUAUUCGCGAACCCAAGGAAGGGAUAUGGCUGCUCUGGUCCCGUCCGUCCCAGCCAGCCCUUAUUUGCCCCCGCCGCCACCCUAUAGCGCCCAGCCGACUUACAACCCGCAAUGGCCCGUUGCAUACCCUCCUGCCGGCGGAGUUUACCCUCGUCCAGGCUCGCAGCCGUCAGCCGUCAUUCCGCCGCCACAUUUGGCGCCAUACCCUCCGCCUCCGCCGCCACAUCUGGCGCCAUACCCUCCGCCGCCACAUUCGGCGCCAUACCCACCGGCGCCACAUUCGGCGCCAUACCCACCGGCGCCACAUUCGACGCCAUACCCUCCGCCGCCACCCAAUGCCUUCAACUUUCAGUGGCCUAAUCCGUUGGCGAAUAGCAGGCGUGAUUGAUGACUACAUGCGACUAUCGGAACAGGAUUGUCCUAACUGAGAGGCUGGGCCGCAGAGCUGCAGACAGAGCUGAAGGAACAAGCCGGGAGCUGAGCUAAGGACACGAGAACAAUGUAAAGAGUCCGAGGGGGCC